AUGAUUGUCUUAGCCGACACGUGGAUAACAUGCGGCCGAUGUGCUUCAUUGAUGGGAAAUUUCGAACAGUCCAUAAAAUGCUUUGAUCUAGCGUUACAUCACCAACCCAACAACUUUAUGGCGUUAAUUGGACUUCUGUCCGGUUUGAAAAACCUCGACAUAGUGCAAAAUACGAUGGAGAACACGACCAAGGCUAUAGACCUGAUAUCACGGUUUGUGAGCCAGUUUCCUGAGUUGAGCGAAUUUCCUUCGAUCUGGAAGGAAUCUGCUGAAUGUUUUGAUAGACUUAACAUGCUGGAGCAGACAAGUGUGUCAUUAGGCAAUGCGAUAAACCUGGAUCCAAACAACCCUGAUUUAUGGCUUCUUUCCUCCAAAAACAUGGUAAAGACUGGUAACCUCACUGGAGCAGCUCAGAUACUGCAGCAGACGAUGAUGGGACUGCCAUCCAUGAACCUGGGAUCCAAGUUGACGUGGGAACUGACUCAGAAAUGCCAUCUCCAGUUCGCUAACAUUGCUUUGCUCCAACAGGACUUGGCAAAGACAGCACAAGAACUUGAGUUGGCGUUGAGUUUCCCCAACUUUGAGAUCUCUCAAAAAGACGAAUAUGCAAAAAUAUGGCACACUUUGAUAGUAUCGCAUAUCCACCUAGAAAAUCCUGACCAGGCAUGGUUCACGCUGGCCAGGGCGGAAACUCUGAUUGGGAAGCAUUACCAGCUGGAAAUAUUAAAAGCAUUUCGGUGCGUAUUUGAAAGAAAUUUCACGGCGGCAGUGGAGAUUCUAAUGGGUUAUACAAUGAUAGGUCAUCAACGCAGUAACGAAAAAGAAGAGGAAGAGGAAGAUGGUUAUGAUGAAGAUGAGGAUCAGGAAACAGCUGAGCAAUUGUUCUUGGUGAACUUCCUAAUGGGAUUUGUUCUUUUCAAUCUUAAUAAGCCUCAGGAAUCCUUCGUUCACGUUUCCAGACUCCUAGAGAAGUCUCGUGACUAUCCAUUAUGUUGGUUACUCAUGGGCAAUCUCUAUCUUAGCCUGAGCCAGUUGGAAGAUGCUAUCACUGUUUUCAACAGGUUGGUAAAACUACAAGGAGAUGAUGUAUGGACGAAGAGUUGUGUUGCUAAAGCUUGGGAAGGUCUGCUAUCGAUAUAUGAAAGAUGUGAUCGUGCUGAAGAUGUUGCGAAUUCAUGCAUGCGUUGCUAUCAGUUGUAUUCUGAGUUGGGCCAUCAUGCAUUAGCCAAAUUCUACUUCGAUAGGUUAGCAGAAUUGGCGACUGGCUCCAAGCUCAGACCUCUGGAUAUGCCAGUACUUUCGGCAAACUUGCUUAUGAACCUUUUGGUGUUGCGUCCAUUGGAACUUAACACCUGCACUCCUCUAGAUAUUCCUCCUUCAACCCCACCACUCCAACCACAGCAAAUGUUAUCAACAGUCACAAGUCCAAUCCACCAGAAUAACGGUGGUGUCUCUACCCCUACUCAAAUGCCAUUAGGCCCAGUUGGAGUUGUUCCAGCUCCCAUUCCUACGCAAAUUCAACCUCUUCAGGUACAACAGAUUCAGCACAAUGUUUCACGCACAAACAGCAUCACACCUUCAAUCGAGCCAUCGCCCUACCAAGUUUACUCGACUCCAAUGACCAACAGCUAUUCUCCACACAUUGUGAAUUUGCCAAUCAUGUUUAAUGAUAAAAUGAUGACUCCUCCCCCGCAGUUUGGUGCUUUCACUAUUAAGGGGUAG